AUGGAAAGCAAUAUGACAUUUAUCACAGAGUUCACGCUAUCAGGAUUUCCCCUUGACCCAAAGGUUCAAGCAUUUCUCUUUGGCCUCUUCUCUCUAUUCUACGCCUUCACCCUGCUGGGGAACGGGGUCAUCCUGGGGCUCAUCUCCCUGGACUCCAGACUACACACCCCCAUGUACUUCUUCCUGUCCCACCUGGCCAUCGUGGACAUCGCCUACGCCUGCAACACGGUGCCCCAGAUGCUGGUCAACCUCCUGGAUCCAGCCAAGCCCAUCUCCUUUGCCGGCUGCGUCACGCAGACUUUUCUCUUUCUAACAUUUGCAGUCACAGAAUGUCUUCUUCUGGUGGUGAUGUCCUAUGAUCGGUACGUAGCCAUCUGCCACCCCCUCCGCUACUCUGUCAUCAUGAGCUGGAGAGUGUGUAACAUCCUGGCGGUGGCCUCCUGGACCUUUGGAGUCCUUUUAUCCAUGGUUCAUCUAGUGUUACUGCUCCCCUUACCCUUCUGUAAAGCUCAGAAAAUCAAUCACUUUUUCUGUGAAAUUAUGGCUGUCCUCAAACUUGCCUGUGCAGACACGCACAUCAAUGAGAUUAUGGUGUUGGCUGGAGCAACGUCCGUGCUGGUGGGACCCUUUUCCUUCAUUGUAAUCUCAUAUACCUGCAUCCUCUGUGCCAUCCUUAGGAUACAGUCAGGCGAAGGUCAAAGAAAAGCCUUCUCCACCUGCUCCUCCCACCUCUGUGUGGUCGGACUCUUUUAUGGGACUGCCAUUAUCAUGUAUGUUGGGCCCAGAUAUGGGAACCCAAAAGAGCAAAAGAAAUAUCUACUCUUGUUCCACAGUCUUUUUAAUCCCAUGCUCAAUCCUCUGAUCUACAGUCUUAGGAACUCAGAAGUGAAGAAUGCCUUGAAGCGUGUUCUGGGGAGAGAGGGUGCUUUAUGA